UUAAAUUUUAAAAUGGUUAACCCAUAACUGAAACUUGAAGGUGUACGCUUAAAAAGUGCUUAAAUUAAUUAUUUUAUUGUAUUAUUCCUAAGAGAAAUAUGUAAAUGUAACACUAAAUAGUCUUGCAUUUAAAAUACGAUAUCUUAUAAUAUCAUAAUGACGGCCAAUGAAAUCGAAGAGCCGAAUGGAAACUGCCAUACGAUUUUGGAAAAGAUAAACGAAAACAAUGCAGAACCUACAAAUAAGCUUCCAGAGAUAACCGAUUUCACUAUAAUAAAGCCGAUAAGCCGUGGGGCUUUUGGAAAAGUAUUUCUUGCCCAGAAAAAGUAUAAUCCAGAACAAUUGUAUGCUAUAAAAGUUAUGAAAAAGUCAGAAAUGAUUAAUAAAAAUAUGGUAACCCAGGUGGUUACGGAAAGAAAUGCUCUUGCCUUAUCUAGAAGUCCAUUUUGUGUUCACUUGUUUUAUUCAUUACAGUCUGCUUCAUCAGUUUAUUUGGUCAUGGAAUAUAUGGUUGGUGGAGAUCUGAAGUCUUUAUUAAAUGUUUAUGGUUUCCUAGAAGAGUCAAUGGCAAUAUUUUAUGUCGCAGAGGUAACUUUAGCCUUGGACUAUUUACAUAAACACAAUAUUGUUCAUAGAGACCUUAAACCAGAUAAUAUGUUGAUUGCCAAAAGUGGACAUGUUAAGUUAACGGAUUUCGGAUUAUCAAAGAUUGAAAUACAUAGAGAUUUAGAAAUAUCGGACUUUGUAAAUCGAACACCAAGCCUAAAUUUACGUACUCCUGGUCAACUAUUGUCUCUGACUUCACAUCUUUCAUUUGGUUCUGGAGGGGACAGUUCCAAAGAUUCCUUAUCUACAGAAACUUGUGAGAACCUUCUUCAUGCACUUAAAGAAUCUUCCAAGAAGAAGAGUAUAUUUUAUGAUGAUGUAAGCACAGUAGACAGCCCAUCUAUAGACCAUUCUCAACUUUCUGGAAUACAUCCAUUUAUGAGUGCCGAGAGUAUACACUUGGAACAUAUUACUUCAAAAGACUCUGGCUCGGAAUCACUAAGUUCAUACCAUACAUGUGAAAGUUCGAAAAACAGUUCUAAUAAAAGUAAUAAGUCAACAGACAUCAGUAGUGCUAAUGGCUCUUCUUUGGAGUCAGCGCUCACCGAUUCACAACAUGACCAGUCGACUUCACCUCUUUGCAGGGGUCACUCUUUGAAAAGGAUUCCUAGUUUCCGGGCUAAAAAAAGAAAGCGGAUUUUGGAUUGUGAUGGUGAUGGUGAUACACCGACUGGAGUGACCAGCCUUUUGGAGUCAAAAGCAAACCACAGUGGGCUGACUCAGGAGAUAAUGGCGCUGGAACUGGACGUCACUCAGAACACGCCGAAGAGGAUAUCGAUACACCCCACACCAGAACGAAGAAAGAAUCCUAUUAAGGGUGUUUUAAAGAAGAGAUGGGUUUCGCAAAAUGAUAGUCACCAUUUCAACGUGGGAGUGAUAUUCUCGACUCCAGUCUCAAACAGUAAGAACAAGGAGAAAAAAGAAAAGGCUACGAGAUUUAAUUUACCUACCGAAGAAUCGACUUUGGAAACCAAGGACCACUCCUUGACAUUUGGAAAACAUAUUUCCACCAGCUUAGAAAUAUUUCCAACGAGGAGGUUAAGUAAGGGUGAAGGCAGCAAAUCACCCACAGACCUGUGUAAAACGCCCAUAGCCGCCCAAACGCCUUACAGGACACCAAAAAGCGUCAGACGCGGUAAUCAAGUUUCCGAUCAGAGAAUAUUGGGCACGCCGGACUAUCUCGCACCUGAAUUAUUACUCAGGCAAGGACAUGGGCCACAAGUGGAUUGGUGGGCACUAGGAGUAUGCUUGUACGAGUUCAUGACGGGCAUUCCGCCCUUCAAUGAUGAGACACCACAAGCCGUCUUCAAUAAUAUUUUAUCCAAAAACAUAGAAUGGCCUGAAGAUGAUGAGGCCUUAUCUAGUGAAGCAGUGAGUGCAAUCGAGGCCCUGCUCACAAUGGAUCCGAAGGAACGUCCUGCCGCCGCAGAGGUCAAGUCAAUGUCGUUAUUCAAAGACUUGGACUGGGAUAAUCAGCUUAACGUUGAACCGCCUUUUAUACCCACGCCAGAUGAUAUCCACGACACUGGAUACUUUCAAGCUCGCAACAUUCUACAACAACUUCAAGUGUCCAACUUUGACAUAUGAUUUUUCUUAUUUAGUUUGUAAAUACUGUAGCCCAAUACGUCGUGUUUCAUAAUCAAGUAUUAAAAGUGUUCUUAGGGCUGAUUUAUGUGAUACUAAUGCGCUAUAAUAUUAAUUCUUAGUUAAUUAUGUAUGGAAUUUAAAAUAAAACAAUUUUUAAUGUA